ACGCGAAUGAAAUGUGUGCGUGGACGGAAUUACGAACGGCAAACAGUUAUUAAGUUAUUCUGACGUGUUGCGGUCCGUUCGUUAAAGUUUUUCGUCUCAUCGCGCCUCGCCUUGGCAAAAUUCCGAGGAACCGUUAAAAUAAAGUAGAAAGCCAUAAAAUUUCAAGGCAAACUCACCCGUGAUAAAUGUUUCAACGACGUGCUCGCAUUGUUCCUCCCAAUGAACUUGCUUCCACGUAUACGCGUUACACACAGACCCGAUUACGCCAAUAAAUGAGUGUUGGUUUAUAGAGUUCCGACAGUUUUGCAAUUGAAUGCAAAAUAUACCAUAGACAUGGCGAAAAAAACAGCAAUUUUAUUGAUAGCCGACGGUUCGGAAGAGAUGGAAGCGGUGAUAACGGUGGAUGUUUUACGCCGAGCCGGAGUCGAUGUCACCGUAGCUGGUCUUAGCGAAACUCCAUGUGUAAAAUGCAGUCGUGACGUUAAAAUUUGCGUUGAUGCAAGUCUUAAAGACUUAGUUAACCAAAAAUAUGAUGUUGUAAUAAUGCCUGGUGGUCUUGGUGGUUCAAAAGCUUUUGCAUCAUCUGCAGAAGUAGGAAAGCUGCUACAACAACAAGAAAAGGAAAACAGAGUCAUUGCUGCUAUUUGUGCAGCACCAACUGCACUAAAAGCACAUGGCAUUGCUAAAGGAAAACAAAUCACAUCUUAUCCUGCAAUGAAAGAUCAAUUAACGGAUGAAUAUAAAUAUUUAGAGGAUAAAGUUGUGACUGAUGGCAAUCUUAUAACUAGCAGAGGUCCAGCAACUGCAUUUGCUUUUGGUUUGGCUAUUGUGGAAAAAUUACUUGAUAAAGAAACUGCAAACAAUGUUGCCAAAGGAAUGUUAUACACAGAAUAAAAAUGGAAUAGAUUAUAC